CUUGGCCGAGCACGAUCCGACGAUAGGUCCAUUGUGCCAACAUUUUCUUGUGUGUGUAUUUCAAAUCGAAUGUCUGGGGUAUCUCUCAGAUAAAGGAUCCUUCACAUUCUAAAGUUCCUACCAUACAGUCUUGUAUACUUACCACAUACAACGAUUCCCCUGAAUGCUUAGUAGUCAGUCCAAAAGGACACAAUCUCACAUCAUCACCUUGAGCACGUGAUACCAUCAUGGCAACCAUGCGUGCCGUCGACAUUCACGGAGGCAAAGGCCCCAUCUCGGCGCUCUUCAUCAACGAGUCGACGCCGAAGCCCACUGCAACUGGGUCUCAGGCCCUCGUCAAGAUCAAAGCCUUUGGUCUCAACCGGAUGGAUCUCCUGCAACGUGAAGGUCUAUACCCUGUACCUCCACAAGCCAGCAGUAUCUUGGGAGUGGAGUUCUCCGGCACGAUCGAAUCGUUCGGCAAAGAACCCGAGCGUGGGUUCAAAGUGGGUGAUGAGGUGUUUGGGCUGGCGUACGGCGGUGCGUACGCCGAGUACAUUGCGGUGUCGACGCACAUGUUGAUUCACAAGCCCAAGGAACUCAGCUGGGUCCAGGCGGCGGGAAUUCCAGAGACAUGGAUUACAGCUACGCAGGCCUUGUAUCUGAUCGGGGAAUUCAAACCAGGCAAGUCGGUGUUGUGGCACGCUGGCGCCAGCAGCGUGUCGAUCGCCGGCAUUCAACUGGCCAAAGCCGACGGCGCCUCAGCCGUCUACGUAACGGCCAGCAGCCAGGACAAGAUUGACUUCACCAAGACGUUGGGCGCCACCGAGGGCUUCAACUACAAGACGGGAGACUGGGCCCAGGAGCUUCUCAAGUAUACUGAUGGCAAGGGCGUUGAUCUGAUUGUCGACUUUAUCGGCGCCGGCUACUUCGACCAGAACCUCGAGGCUGCCGCCCGUGACGGACACAUCGUCAACCUCGGUCACCUGGGUGGGACCGUUGUGCAGAAACCCCUCGACAUUAGCCGCUUCCUGCGCAAGCGUCUGAGGUACGAAGGGAGCAGCCUGAGGAGUCGCGAUGAGGCUUAUCAGGGAAAACUUCGCGACACCUUGGUCGAACACGCCCUUCCCAAGUUCAUCGACGGCAGCUUCACCGUCCCCAUUGAGAAGGUCUUUAAAUUCACGGCAAAGGAUGUCCAGGCUGCUCAUGAACUCUUGAACAGUAACCAAACCAAAGGAAAGCUGAUCGUGGAGUUUGAUUAGAGCGAGUCACGAGGAGGAAAAUCUACCAACAUGGCCCCCCCGUUGAAAUGGAACUAGGGGGAAAAUGGGUAUGAUCGAGAAGAUUGCCCAUUUCAGGUCCUGACAUAAGCUUCAUAGUGGGUAAUAAGGAGACAGGGAUGUAGGCACCAAAAUCUUCAUGGCUCUUAUAUUUCCCGCCAACGAUCAAGACAUUAUCU